GUUCGGAUCCGAUGGAGUUCAGUUAUGCUUUUAUAGUCGCAGAGGAACGUCGUAUACGAUUGGACUCUGGUCUUCAAAGUCGCGCGCGUGGUUUUCGUCUCUCCUUUUAGUGACUUUCGACUUCUUGCGGCAGCCGGAUCUGGUGCGCACAUCUAUAAGUUUUCAACCCCGAAAUACUUGACAUAUUCGGUAGUCUGCUAUCUUUGUGUAUAAAUUGCUGGAACGUAUUCGUUAUCUACCAAAAAGUUUGGCUUUUGGUGACGGUGAAUAGUAUAUAUCUAGUGGACGCGUGGUCUUCCUGUUACGUACAUCGCGAUUUUUCUCCAGUGCUCCAUGAGUAUUGCGAUACAUCUCGCAUUGAAGCAAGUGUUCGAAUUUUUAUAGUAUAUGUGCGUUAAAGCAAAUUUUUUGUGGUUUUGGGCAACGUGUUUCCUCGCUCCAGCGACUGCAGAAACAAAAAAAAAUACAUAUUCAUUAGUUGAGCACAUCGACAUCGGUAAAAGCUGUAUCCGUGUCAGUCAAAAGCCGGUCGUUUGCGGUGUUAUUGGAGAGCUUAUUUGGGUGGCGUAUGAUCACAGCAGGCGCCAGCUUACGCACAUGUGCUUCGACACAAGUCAACAGAUUCAUUCAUAAGAAGUUUCAAUCGAAUAACGCAUCCUGUUGGAAGUAACCGGUGCGGACAGAGGAACCCACAAAAAAGAUGCCACCUCAGAAUGCGAUCGAGCUCACUUCGAAGCCAGACGCUGAAAACGGCACCAAAAAGGUGCAAAAUGGAAACGCAAAUAACACCAAACUCAUAAAGAAUGAGGAGCCACCAACUACAUCGGUUAUCGUCCCGCCGGACGGUGGCUGGGGCUGGGUAGUGAUGAUAGCAUCCUUCCUGUGCAAUACCGUCGUCGAUGGUAUUGUGUUUAGUGCUGGCAUGUUCCAAGAUCCCAUUCGUCUAGAUUUCGGUGUCGGCAAAGCAGAGGUCGCAUUAGUGAGUUCUCUUCUGAGUGGAUUCUACUUACUAACUGGACCGUUUGUGAGUGCCUUGGCAAAUCGAUGGGGAUUCCGGCCUGUAACAAUUCUUGGUGCUGCCAUUGCUUCAGUAGGCUUUGCUUUGUCGUAUUUCGGCAACAGUCUUGGCUAUUUAUAUAUAACUUAUGGAGUUAUUGGAGGAAUAGGAUUUUGUUUCAUUUAUGUACCUUCAGUAAUAACCGUUGGAUACUAUUUUGAAAAAUGGCGUGCCCUUGCUACUGGCAUAGCUCUUUGCGGUUCUGGAGUUGGUACCUUUGUGUUUGCUCCACUUAGUUCGUGGCUUAUCAAUCAAUUCGGUUGGAGGGGAGCUCUGCUAGCUCAAGCCGCUCUUAUCCUACUAUGCGCGAUAUUCGGAUGUAUGUUCAGGCCUAUUAGACCAAUAGAAGUCACUAUUACUAAGGAUGAAGAUACUCCAGCUGAAAAGGGUACCUUAUUGGGUGAAGGGCUUCCUGUGGUAUACACGAGACCACUGCCAGAAGGACGAUUUGCUCACUCAGUUCCCAACAGUUCACAUAGCACGUGGAUGGGAGCAAGCCCCAACACACAGUACCCAACAGCUGCUGAAGUAUUUCGAGGCAGCGCUCAAAAUUUGGAACGACGACCUUCCAAUCAGUCAGGACUACUAACGAAUGAGAAUAUUCAAAAUACUACUAAGAAGUUAGAGCAGCUAUCUAAAAUGCAGAAAAAACUUUCCGGUCAAGUGACGCCCGAGGACACGAUACACGCCCCAAGAUUUCCGCUUCCCCACCACGAGUUGAAUACCGUAGGAGAAGCAGCUGAAGAAGAAGAGACUGAGAAUGGUGCCCUACUUGCCGGAGAUCAAAAACCUGCUCCGGCUGUAGUCUCGUCAACAGCAGUCCGUCAACGAAGCAACACCGUGUCAGGCCGUAGACCGAACGAAGGUGGAUCACGACAGGGCAGUCGGCGUGGAACGCUAACUGAUGGAACUCGUCCAAUGUAUCGAGAUGAUAUUUUUUUCACCGGAUCGUUAGUUCGAAUUCCGCAGUAUCAGUCGCAAACAUCACUAGGGUAUCAUAUGUCGGUAACCCGUUUGCCAACUCAAAAUGAUGUUGAGGAAACAGAGGAACAGACUUGUAAAAUAUGUCCUGAAGCGGUCAGACGUACCUUAGCUACAAUGUUGGAUAUGACGUUAUUACAAUCACCUUCCUUUAUGCUACUAGCUGUGAGUGGGUUUUUCACCAUGAUGGGAUUUUUCGUACCAUUCAUGUACAUAACUCAGAGAGCCAUUGCCGGUGGAAUGGACCCCCAGAUUUCGUUGUUCUACGUUUCCGCUAUCGGUAUUUCAAACACAAUUGCUAGGAUUGUUUGUGGCUUUUUGAGUUCAUUCAAGAGUGUCAACGCUCUGCACCUGAAUAACGUAGCCAUCACAAUGGGAGGUAUUGCCACAAUGCUCAGCGGAGUUUAUAUUACUCAAGCUGCCCAGUUUACGUAUGCUGGAAUUUUUGGCAUAGCUAUUGCAUGUUUCUCCGCACUCCGUUCAAUCCUGGUCGUAGAUUUAAUGGGCUUGGAAAAACUGACGAAUGCUUUCGGAAUUUUAUGCUUAUUCCAAGGACUGGCAGCAGCGAUUGGUGCACCUAUUGCAGGUUUCUUCACCGAUCUUACCGGGAGCUAUAAUGCAUCCUUCUACAUCAGUGGAGCAUUAAUCACAAUAUCUGCAGUGCUGUGCUAUCCGCUAAGCAUCGUCAAUAAAUGGGAGAAAAAGCGAGCCGCGAGAAAAUCUUCUGGAGUCGUAUGAAGGAUCUUGUGUUGUGUGUAACAAUGCUUGUUUUGCCUAUAAGAAUCGAGAUAUCGAGCAUCCAGGGCCACUUAACGGAGAAAGUAAUUAGAGCAGUUUUAAAGGAAAAGCACCUUAAAAGUUGAAAAAAAGUCUUUGAUGUUAACAUGGAAUUUUGCCUCCAUUUGUUUCAAGAUUACACAAUGUAAAUAUGAUUAUAUUUUUCAUAUAGACAUUUUCCCUUACAAGCAGCUCAAGAUUAUUAUCGAAAGACUCACAUAGUAAAAAUGGCUACUGCACAAUGGGCCAGCAGGUUUUGCUUGUCAGUUGCAAGCAAUAAUGGUGUAAUACCACGUCUCAAAACUCCCAGACAAUCGAAUUGAAUUGAUAAAUACAAAAUCUUUCAUAAAUUCCUCGGAAUGGUGGAUUGUAGCAUCUAUUUACAGGUAAAACUUUAGUUUAGCAGUAUAAGUAACUCUAAAUCUAUAAUCAUAGAAAUAUCCUACACCACAUUAAGUAUUUGUGGGUCACUUACACAACUGUCAAAGUAGCCAAGUUUCUUAAAAAAUCGGAGAGAAUGUGAAAACUGUGUGUCAAUCAAUGAUGUCCAACAUGCGAAGAAAUGGUGUUUUUGCCCAAUAGUAAAACGUAAGUUCAGCACAUAGUUUAAUCUGGCAAAAUUCCUUUUUCUGUUUCAGUGAUCCAGAUUUAUCAACCAUUCAAUCCAAGUGAACUUACACCCUUAUUGCUUGCAAAGGUGCAUUGUCAGGUUCAUUCAAAAUCACUUUAUCAAGUACGACUCCAACAUAGCGAUUGCUCGGUUCAUAACUAAUAUGUUAAACUAGGCGCUUUACAUUAUAACUAUAUUCUACACAAAGAGCUUGAGGUUUACACAAUAGCGUUUCAGACUGGUACUUAGAGUAAAAUGUGCUUUUCGAAUCAUAGGAUUAGAUACCCAAUGCGGUGCAAUUUGGGUCUUGCGCCACAGAAAGCAUUCAUCAAAUUCAAGUUCGCAAAAAAGUGCUGCAAUUGCUUCAAUUGAGUUUUGCUAUUUAUUCGUCUAUUCUACAUCGCUUGCUCAAUUUGUCUGUACACAAAUAUCAGGAAGAUGUGCUUCACCUAAACACGAUAUUGUUCAUGAUCACGUACCGUUUCUACCCCAAGUAAUAAUUAUUCAGUUGUGAAUCCUUCAGUUCUAAAUAAAAAUUCCUUUUUACGCAUGAAAUUAAUAUUGAAGUUCCUACCGAUGAAACAAAGUAAACCAUACAUUUUCCCGCUAAAUUACAACAAAAAAUCAACAACAGAUUGAACUUCUAUUUCGAUAAUAUUCAACUAUUUUAGCUAACAUUCAACAUGUUAAGAAUAUUUCUAAAGCAAUACAAUAAUGGCAAAUUUACUGUGAUAUCAGCAUAUAUAGACUAUAAAUUUAGAUAUAUCUGUUGAUAUUAUAUUUACAAAAGUACCGUAAAUGUUUCCAAUCUAUGUUUUAUGCACUGAACCGACAGGAUAGCCAAAUUAAACCAUCGGUGGCAUUAUUUUGGGCUAAAUACUUCAAGGUCAAUAUUGCAUUUUAGAUAGUUCCAGUAGUAAACACAGUUCAGUGAUCAUUAGUGUUAUUGAUUCAAAACGAAGGAAUAUAGCACGAACAAUAGCCAUAUAUCAUUCCCAAUGAUUAUUUAUGUGUGCAUGAAAUGCAAAACUCGUCGCGUAAUUAAAAAAUAUGGUGGUUUUUGCGGGCAAAAAUUGAAAUAUGUCAGUUGUAGUUACUACAUUAAUGUUUUUUUCAGUUAUUAAAAAAUCAGACAACAUUUAAUGUCUAACAAAUAACAAUAUUUUUUUUCAGUUAUUUGGAUAUCAUAGGGAAUAUACGCAACCGGGAUUAAAUAUAGUAUUUCUGAUAGACAAAAUUUCUAAACAGUUUUUCCCCUCCGCUCAAGUUCAUAAGUCGCCAACAAUAGAGUUUUUUUUACUCCUAAUCAUAUACCUAAUUGCCCCCAGUAACAUCAGUUUAACACAGCCACCUCAUGGUACUACAAAUGAUAAAACCAUACAACUGACUGAACGAGAUUUGAAGACAUCCUUCUAAAAUCAUAGGUUAUAAGCUACUAAGCCAUGCAAUUAUAGACGUAAGAUUGCGAUACGAAGUGUUUUCUAUGGAUAGUUUUACAAUAUGUUUACAAUAAAGCCAAUAAAUUAAAAAAAUUAUA